GAAAUCAUCGCCAGUGAUCAAGUCCAGCCAAUCAGAAUCCAGAGUUUGUGCGCACGUUUGAAAAUCAGCUUGCUUGUGUCGUCUGUUUGUUUCUCAACAACACAAACAAGAAACUGUAACGUUUUUAAAACUAAAACAUAUUAUACAAGACAGCAGCUGUGAGUGAAUUACGUUUGGACCUGCUGCAGCAGUUGUGCGCGUGAUGCCGUCCAAAACCGAAGACUACGACGUGAUGCUAACCAUAGGAUGUGGAUCUUAUGGGAAAUGCCAGAAAGUCAAGAGGAAAUCAGAUGGAAAGAUUCUAGUUUGGAAGGUGCUGGACUAUGGCACCAUGGCCGAGGCAGAGAAACAGAUGCUGGUGUCAGAGGUCAAUUUGCUCCGUGAGCUAAAGCACCCAAAUAUCGUUCGAUACUACGACAGAAUUAUAGACCGGACGAACACAACGUUAUAUAUAGUGAUGGAGUACUGUGAGGGUGGAGAUCUCGCCAGCCUCAUCAACAGAUGCAUCAAAGAGAGACGAUACCUGGAAGAAGAAUUCAUCCUGCGUGUGAUGGCACAGUUGUCCCUGGCGUUAAAAGAGUGCCAUGGUCGAAGUAACGGCAGCAGUACAGUUCUGCACCGUGACCUGAAACCUGCAAACAUCUUCUUGGAUGUCAAACAGAAUGUAAAGCUUGGCGAUUUUGGUUUAGCUCGGAUACUGAACCAUGAUACAAGCUUUGCUAAAACAUUUGUUGGAACUCCAUAUUACAUGUCGCCAGAACAAAUUAAUCGCAUGUCCUAUAACGAAAAAUCAGAUAUAUGGUCUUUAGGAUGUUUACUCUAUGAACUAUGUGCUUUAUCUCCCCCAUUUACAGCAUACAACCAAACAGAGCUGGCCGGAAAAAUCAGAGAAGGGAAGUUUAGAAGAAUCCCAUAUCGAUACUCAGAGGAUCUGAACGCGCUCCUUUCAAAAAUGCUGAACUUAAAGGACUAUCUGAGGCCCUCGGUGGAGUCCAUUCUGCAGAAUGGUUUAAUCUCAGGCUAUGUAGCCCAGGAACAAAGGAGACUUCAGGAGAAGCAGCGGCGCAGAUCAGUGGACGUAGAGCAACCCAAACAUCCGGAGCCGUCGCUUCUGGCAGAGCUGCGGCUUAAGGAGCAGAUUCUACGUGAGCGUGAGCAGGCCCUCAAAGAGCGAGAGCAGCGACUAGAGCAAAGGGAACAGGAGCUGUGUGUCCGAGAACAACAGUCAAAUGAAAAGAUGGCCAGAGCUGAGAGCUUAUUAAAGGCCUAUAAUUUGAUCCGCCAGCAGAGGGCGUUGUCUCUACUCAGUGCCAGUGACACAGAGAAUGAAGAGAACGUCUCCCCGGGAAAGAAAAGGGUUCACUUCGCAGGAGACGGCAAGGAGAAUGGCAGACCGUUCGCUAAACCUCAAGAACAUUGUCUUGUAAAGAGACCCCAAUGGACAAACAUGCGCAUCCAAGCUAUUGGUGAAGAGGAAAAGUUGUACCCACCAAAGCCCAGAGAAAUGCAGGGCAUCCGCUAGCCAUGAAUGACAAUUUACUACCUAAAGUGGUGCAUUUGUGUGGUCAAUCAAGUCAAGAGUUUUUUGUUUGUUUUUUAAAUUGUGUACAUUAGGAAAUAAGAUUUCUGCUUUUAUUUAUUUGCUGCAGCAUUUGUACAGUACAGUGGACAACACUUCAUUUAAUGGGCAUUACACUGGAUGUUUUUAUUAAAAUUUUAAUGUUGUAUUACCAUGUUAUAUGUGGAACUGGUGUUUUAAUUUUGAUUGUUUCUUUAGAAUAAAGAAGUGAAAAUA